AUGUCGGAACCAGGAGUAAGUGCUGAUGGUUCCGUUGCAGGUGGGACAAAAGCUACCUCAGGUAAGGAUAUGCAAUCUGCUCCCAGUGUACGGUUAGAUACAAACAUGAAUAAAAACCCCCCAGAAAAAUCUCUUAAAAAUAAAAACCCUCAAAACGAUAUGAUUGCUAAUUCGACUCCUAAAAAUCAAAUCCCCCCUUACCCUGAGCACGAAUCCACACCGGUGGCUGAAAGUAGUUGCGGAAUUUGUGACAAGCCGGACAAUCUACGAAUGGUCCAAUGUGACGCUUGUGAUGUGUGGCACCAUUUUUCGUGUGUAGGCGUUUCUGAAGAUAUCGCGCAUCAAAGCUGGGCUUGCUCAAAAUGCGUUAAUGCGAGAGCAACCAGUAGUAAAGCGAAAUCGAGAAGGAAAACAGCUGCACCAACGAAGUCGGGCACUGUGCAACGCAAAAAAGUUACCCGAUUUGCAAAGGAAAAAAGUGUAAACAAGGCGACUGCGGGUGCGAGGCGGAAGGAUGUUGUCGGCGAAGUAGGUACGGCACAUGAUGAUGCUGCGGAAGUGGUUGAUAGCAAAAACGGUGCUGCAAAGGGAACUUUUCAUAAGGCUGGAUCUGUUGUGUCAGGUACUUCUCUCAAAUCAGCUAAAGUGCGUUUGGAUCUGGAUUUAAAACAAAUUGAAGCCGAAGAAACAUUAAUGCAGGAGGAAAUGCAACGCAAGCGAGAGUUAGUGAAAAAGAAAUUUGAUGUACUGAAGGAGAUGGCCGAUCUGGAGAGCUGUGGAGGGUCUAUCAAUGGACAUCAUAGCACCAGAAACAAAGUGGCGAUUUGGUUAAACCAUCGUGAAGACUGCGGAAGUGAAACCAAAUGCUCGAAUGAAGAUUCGCAGGAUGGUGAAGUGUGGAGCGAGGAUUCCUACGGGGAAACAGCUGUCCGUGAAACGGAACGUGAAGACAACAUUUCAACUCGUAACCGGAAUACGUCACGUGUCAAUUCACCCAGGCGACUAUCUGUGGCGAAGGCAAACGGUGAGUGCGGCAAUCGAUCCCAGGUAGAGCGUCAACAUUCCCUCCGAGGCAACAAGCGUUUAUCUAGAGAAGAAUUAGCGGCGCGCCAGGUGGUUACGCGGGAUUUACCCAAAUUUGCUGGGAGUCCUGAGGAAUGGCCGAUGUUUUUGUCGACGUACGAGGAUACCACGGAAAUGUGUGGCUACACAGAAGCAGAAAAUAUGAUUCGCUUAAGGAACUGUCUCAAAGGAGAUGCGUAUAACGCGGUUCGUAGUUUUCUAUUGCGACCUGAGACUGUGAAUAGGGCGAUUGAAGCGCUUAGGCUACGUUUUGGUAAACCGGAAACGAUAAUAGAGCAUCUAAAAGAGAAGAUCGUGUCCAUGCCUAGUAUCAAGCCAGAUGCGAUGGAUAAGCUGGUAGAUUUCGCCCUUGAGGUUCAAAAUCUUUGUGCCACUGUAGAGGUUUAUAAUAAGCAAGAGUACAUGUGUGAUACAACCUUGCUUAAGGAGUUCAUCAAUAAGUUACCGCCCCAAAUAAAGUUAGAUUGGGCGCGGUAUAAGCGGAAUCGGUCAACGGUAAAACUUUCUACAUUCAGUCGGUGGAUAUAUACAUUGGCAGAAGAUGUAAAUGUGGUUUUCGAACCGCAGAGUCGAGGCAAUAAGCAGGAGCCUCGUGGAAUUCGGAAAGAGAAAUACGUAAACACCCACACAGAAAUUGCUCCUCAGGAUAAAGGGCAGCCAGCAUCAAUAACACAAUGCAGUUCUUCGGGAGCGGUAGUGAACCACGAAAAUAAACCGUGUCCAGCAUGUAAAGGUGCGUGCAAAAACCUCGGAAGGUGUCCGCGAUUUCAAGAGUUAUCAUACGAAGCAAGAUGGGCGACUGUUCGUGGAUUUAACUUCUGUCGAAAAUGUUUACAGCAACAUAAAGGUGGUUGUAAUCCUGGAAUUUGCGGGAAAAACGGCUGUACCUUCAAGCACCAUGUUUUACUCCACAAGGAUUUAACUGUCUCAGCGAGCUCGAGUUGUGACACGACAAGCAAACGAGAGACUCUGAAUGAAGAACGCAACAUUCAUACGCAUCUCUCUGGUACCACAACCGGAUCAUUCCGCUACGUGCCAGUGACGUUAUUUGGAAAUGGCAAGCAAGUGCAAUGUUUUGCCUUCUUGGAUGAUGGUUCGGAGUUGACACUGAUAGAUCAGGAGCUAGCCGAUGAACUAAUGUUACACGGAAAUGUUCGCCCACUAUGUCUCAAGUGGACGGGGGGCACUCACCGUUACGAAUCAGACUCUCAAAGUGUAAACGUGGAGCUUCGUGGACGUGGAGGAAAGCGGUCACUUCUUCAAGACGUAAGAACGGUGGCAGAACUACAGUUACCUUACCAAUCUUUGGACAUGGCCAAGCUAAGCUUGAAAUACGGUUACUUACAAGGAAUUCCUGUGGAAUCUUAUUCGAACGUUCGGCCGCGACUGUUGAUUGGCCUACGUCAUGCGAAUCUAAUGCUAGUGCGCAAGAGUCGUGAGGGCCAAAUCGGUGACCCGAUUGCGGUCAAAACGAAUCUUGGUUGGGCGGUGUAUGGCGGAUGGACUGCGGAUAAUUCCUUAGAUGUUAUUAGUCAUACCUAUCAUAUUUGUACCUGCAAUGCGCAAAGCGUGGGGGAGCUUAACCAAACGGUCAAGGACUAUUUUUCUUUAGACAGUUUGGUAAUUAAACAGAAUCGUAUCCAACUGUCCAAAGACGAUGAACGUGCAAUGUUUCUGCUCGAAUCCCGUACCCAUUUUAUUGGUCAACGUUACGAAACAGGAUUGUUAUGGCGUUCUGAUAAAGUUCGGCUUCCAGACAAUAAAGCUGUUGCAGUUCGUCGUUUGAGAUGUCUUGAAAAGCGUAUGGAGAAGGACACAGAAUUGGCAAAGAUAAUGAGAGAGAAGAUGGCGGAGUAUAGGUCCAAGCAUUAUAUCCGUAAAUUGUCGCAAGAGGAGCUUUCCGCAAAAUACGAUCGCAUUUGGUACUUGCCUAUUUUUCCGGUGUACAACGUGAACAAACCUGGAAAGGUGAGAAUCGUCUGGGACGCAGCGGCUGAAGCAUAUGGGACAUCUUUAAACUCAGUUCUCGUUACCGGACCAGAUCAACUGGCUUCCUUGGUGAGCAUUCUGAUUCAGUUUCGGGAGCAUCACGUUGGUGUGUGCGCCGACAUCCGCGAGAUGUUUCAUCAGGUGAGAAUUAUUCCCGCGGAUCAACACUGCCAACGUUUCUUGUGGCGCGAUCAUGUCGAACAGGUCAAACCGGAUACUUACGUCAUGGAAGUUAUGACCUUCGGGGCGAGCUGUUCUCCGGCUACAGCGCAGUAUGUUAAGAACAGGAAUGCUGAUAGAUUUGCAGAAACGUACCCAGAGGCGGUGACUGUCAUCAAGAAAGGUCAUUACGUGGACGACAUGGUUAUAAGUGUAGAGACGGAAGAGAAAGCAGUCGAGCUUGCUGAAGCAGUGCGGUUUGUGCAUGAGCAGGGCGGAUUUGAAAUCCGUAAUUGGGUUUCCAACUCUCCGUUAGUGCUAUCGAAAGUGGAUGAAAGGAUGUCAUCAGAGAAAGACUUGAACUUCACGGCAGAACUGGCGAGUCAGAAAAUCCUAGGAAUGUGGUGGGACACACUAGACGAUGUUUUUAAGUACAAAAUAAGCUGGGCAAGAUUCGAUCCUUCUUUACUUGAUGGAAGCCGUUAUCCAACGAAACGGGAGAUCCUACGAACAUUGAUGACCAUCUACGACCCUCUUGGCCUCAUAGACCAUUUCCUGAUCCUGCUUAAAAUUCUUCUGCAAGAUGUGUGGCGCGCUGGUGUACAGUGGGACGAAUGUAUUCCCGAGAACUUAUUCGAGAGAUGGCGAAGUUGGCUACGGUUACUCCCUGAGUUGGAACAGCUGCGUAUUCCUAGACGAUACCAGCAAAUACUGGCGUUGACAAAACCUGACAGCAUUAGUCUGCAUGCAUUCAUGGACGCCAGCGAGAGUGCUAUGACUGCGGUUGUGUUUCUGCGCUUUGUAAUAGGAAAGAAGGUGGACUGUUCAUUGGUGGCAGCCAAGACUCGAGUUGCGCCGCUUAGAUAUACAUCCAUCCCACGUUUAGAGCUUGAAGCAGCAAUUUAUGGAGUUAGGUUGGUUAACACUGUUUUGCAAAGCCUUACUCUGAAGGUGUCGAAGCGUACGUUCUGGACCGACUCUCGGAAUGUUUUGUGCUGGCUGAAGUCGGAUCAUAAGCGAUAUAGUGCUUUCGUUGGAGCGCGAGUAAGCGAACUGUUGGAUUCGACCGAUCUGCAGGAAUGGAGCUGGGUGCCUACCAAACUUAACGUGGCCGACGAUGGGACAAGGUGGCAAAAUCAACCUGACUUAUCUUCUACAAGCAGAUGGUUCAGAGGUCCUGAAUUCUUGAUGCAGGAUGAAAAAACGUGGCCCUAUUUACCAGUGAAAUCAAUUUCUACGGAAGAAGAGAUAAGAUCCAACGUGUUAUUCCAUUGUCAAGCUGACGAAUCGGUGAUCGACGCUAGCAGACGACGCGUCGGAAGAAACUCACUAGUCGCUGGCCCCUUGUCGUGCGAAGAGUUAAGAAAAGCGGAAGACCAUCAUUACCGCGUAGCGCAACGAGACGUGUACCAGGACGAAGUUACAACAUUGAAGAAGACCGGCAUAGUUCCGAAAACGAGUAGUAUCUACAAGCUGAGCCCAUUUGUAGAUGAAGUCGGUGUUUUGAGGAUGAGAGGUAGAACAGGUGUAUGUGCUUAUCUCCAUAGUGAUGCGAAGAAUCCUGUAAUUUUACCACCAAACCAUCGAGUUACAAAGCUGUUGCUGAUAUACUACCACGAGAAAUAUAUGCAUCGUAACUACGAAAUUGCCGUCAAUGAAGUCCGUCAAAAGUACAGUAUAUUUCGCUUGAGACAGUCGCUUGCACGAGUUCGUCGAAACUGCCAGUGGUGUAAAAACAGAGAUGCUGUACCCACCACCCCGGAAAUGGCUGAUCUGCCUGCAGCGCGGCUAUCUGCUUAUACAAGACCAUUUGCUCAUGUAGGGGUGGACUACUUCGGUCCAAUUGAGGUACUAGUGGGUCGAAGAGUCGAAAAGAGAUGGGGGGUACUUCUAACCUGUUUGACGACGAGAGCCGUACAUAUUGAGGUAGCUAACACUCUAACAACAAACUCCUGCAUAAUGGCACUGCAGAAUUUCAUAACUAGAAGAGGGACUCCAGUAAGCUUCUACAGCGACCGGGGAACCAAUUUUGUUGGUGCCAGCCGGAUGCUAGAUCAGAUACAGCAAACUUUCGACCAACUGCAGCUGAUGCGUGAGUUCACUACCCCCACUACCGCUUGGCGCUUCAAUCCGCCGGUUUCGCCCCACAUGGGUGGUAGUUGGGAGCGCCUUGUUGGAUCUGUUAAACGUAAUCUGACCGAAGUGCUACACCUGCGGCGUCCCACGGAUGAAGAGCUCAGAAAUGCACUGACGGCGAUAGAAGGUGUUCUCAACGCGCGGCCUCUUACUCAUGUGCCGAUUGAGGAUGAGGCGGCUCCCGCUCUCACACCCAACCAUUUUCUCUUGGGUUCAUCAGACGGGUCCAAACCGUUGACGACGAUCGAAGGGGAUACUGCAGCAUUGCGACGUGGUUGGCCAACUUCUCAGUGGUUAGCUAAUCUCUUCUGGAAACGCUGGAUCAAGAACUAUUUACCCGAAAUAACUCGGCGCACCAAGUGGUACGAGAAGGCCAAACCUCUACAGGAAGGGGAUAUAGUUGUCAUCGCAGACCCUGACCACCCUAGAAAUUGCUGGCCAAAGGGAAAGGUCAUUGGAGUAGUAAACCAUGGAGGUCAGACACGCAGAGCGACCGUGCAAACAGCCAACGGCGUUUACGAGCGACCCAGUGUCAAGCUGGCGGUAUUGGACGUUCGGCGCGAGGCAGAGUAA